ACAGUGUCUUGUUGAGAGUACCAUGUCUAUGUUUGGUAUCUUUCUCGUUUUACCUGUUAUAGAUGGAUUUUCCAUGAAAGAAUAUUGUCACAAAAAUGACUUCAGUUGUAAGCAACCAUUUUUUAAACAACAAGGGAAACUUGAGUUUGCACGAUGCAGUUCAAUAAAUGUCCUUCGCAGAAUGUUGAGACUUGGUAUGGUAGAUUGUGUUAGAGAAUGUCUGGUCACUUCACAAUGUAAAGGCAUUAACUAUCGUCCAGACUGGCAAAUGUGCGACGUUGUUGGCGAAAUAACACAGGGAGAUUUGGAAGUAGAAGAUGGAUGUAUGUAUAGCUAUAUAUCAACCUGGCCAGAGAGUUUAGCAGGAGUAUGUCGAGCCGACCAUUGCGCUAUAGGAGACAAAUGUUUAUUUGAAGAUAACAAAGUUCGAUGUGAACAAGUUUGUAAGUAA